AUGAACAAAAACAACAACCAAGAAUCGUCGCAUCAAGAAAAACAACCACCACCACCACCACCAAUAUCACAAUCAUCAUCCUCUCCUUUAACAACAUCACCAAUCUCUCGUUCUUUUUCUUCAAGUAGCAAUAUCAGUAAAAACCCUCAAGAGUCGAGCCAACAACGUGAAAGACCAUCUUCUUGCGCUUCAUCCAACGAAAUCAAACCAUCAUCACCUCCUUCUCUGCGGAGAGAUGAGUCAUCCGCCUCGUCGACCUCCAAUUCCCAGAUUUCGUUGCAACAACACCCACUGUGGACCUCCAAAGAGGCAGCAACCUCAAAGCCACAUGUAUCCAACAAGAACCACUCAUCAAGCAAUUUAGACCAUCAAACUAAGAUACCCAAAAGGUUAAGAAAACAGAUUAAUAUAGAGAGUUUUAAACAAAACUAUUUUGAAUUAAUUCCAGAAAAUGAUGAUACGAGUUCGAGUCGUUCUUUAGCUUCAUCCAAAUCGCAAGAAGGCAUACCAACCAUCAUGAUGGAUGGAGUCUUUUCUUCCUCUAGUUCUGGAUGGAACUCCUCUCAAGACAAUUCCCUGUCUUCAUCAUCCAUCCAACAAGUUGUACCCAAUAAGAGAAUGAACAGCGAGGAGCCACUCAAUAACUCUAAAAAGAAGUACAAAAUGAUCAGUUUUGUACAUGCAGAUGAGGAAUUGAAAGCCAAGGAAAGGGAGAAGCAAGCCAUCAGAGCUCAAUCCUCUCACUUUCUUCUCCCAAAUUCCAAGCAUAAAAGAAAGAAGAAAAAGGAGCAAGACAUGCAUGGAGUUGAGGUGGAGGAUCAAGCACCACCAUCACAAACCGAGCAGCACCCGUCGUCAUCCUCAAAUUCUGAACCUUCUUCUUCCGCACCCACCUCUUCCAUGUAUUCCAACACCUCUCUUGACCAACAACAACAACAACAACAACAACUCAUACAUGCGCACAAUGUGAGCGCGUCUUUUCAUCCAGGACAACCUUGCAACAUGCAUGUCCAAGCAGAAUUGGCAACUCUACACAACCAUUUAAGGGUAAAAGCGCCAAACAAAUCGCCACCAUCGCACCUUCACAGUGAUCCUCCACAUGCACGUGCAAACCCUUAUGAACUUGUCCUCAAGGAUCUUCCACAUGCAAACAAGGAGCAACAUUCAAAGCAGGAGGAGACAGAGAGCGGCCAAGAAGGUUGUUUUCACGAGAAAGCGACAAAGUUGACACCCAACAACCCUGCUCACCUACAUGUCCCGACUAGUUCAGAGUAUUUUCCUCCAUUGUUGCACCCUUCUGCUUCGUCUCUCGUAAACCAUCAGAGAGAUGCUGCAACCAAUGAAACACAACCCUCUCUUUCGAGAGAACAAUUACUUUAUUUAUUGUUUACACUUUUAACAACAUCCAACAGUAUAGGUAAUAACAACAACAACCCAUCCCAACCACCUCCCCAACAAUGA